AUGUCAGGAACUCACGAAAAAGCUCCUGUUGAAGAGCAAGAGCUUUAUUCAAGUUGGGCCUUAUUGAUUCAAAUAACAUUAUUGAUCGGUUCGUUAUUUACAAGUUAUUACUUACAAGUAAAACAAAUUCGGGCUAUACAUGAAACCGUCGUAUCAGUAUUCUCAGGAAUGAUUGUUGGUCUGAUAAUAAGACUUUCGCCUGGAACAUUAAUUCAAAAAAAGGUCACUUUUCAUUAUUCAUAUUUCUUUAAUCUUCUCUUACCUCCAAUUAUUUUGAAUUCUGGUUAUGAAAUGAAAAAGGAAAAAUUCUUUCGAAAUUUCGGAACUAUCCUUACAUUUGCAUUUGCUGGAACUUUUAUCUCUGCAUUAGUAAUUGGACUUUUAGUUGCAUUUAUUGCCCUAAUUGGAAUUGAUUCUUUAUCAUUAUCAUUUUUGGAUUCAAUGAUCUUUGGAUCUGUUUUAUCUGCAACAGAUCCUGUAACAGUUCUUACAAUAUUUCAAACUUUGAAAGUGGAUCCUCAAUUAUAUUCAAUAAUUUUUGGUGAAAGCAUAUUAAAUGACGCUGUCGCCAUUGUACUUUACGAAACAUUAAAGCAAUAUCGUGGUGAAACUUUUCAAUUUUCAAAUAUUGUUCAUGGAAUUGUAUCAUUAUUGUUCUGUGGAAUUACUCUUAAACAUUAUGCUUAUGAUAAUAUGUCAUUGAGAACACAAAGAACAACAAAAUAUAUGUUCCAUGUAUUAGCUCAACUUUCUGAAAAUUUUAUCUUUAUCUAUUUGGGAAUGACAUUAUUUACACAAACAGAUUUAGAAUAUAAACCCUUUUUCAUAUUUUUUACCGCUAUAAUUAUUUGUAUUUCAAGAUAUCUUUCCGUAUUUCCUUUAUCGAAUUUAUUAAAUUCGAUAUCAAAAUAUCGAAGAGGUAGUGAAACAAUUCCUCAUAAUCAUUCUGUAAUGCUGUUUUGGUCUGGCCUUCGUGGUGCGGUUGCUUUUGCUUUAGCUGCAGGACUAGAAGGAAAUAACAAACACGCUAUGAAAACCACUAUAUUGGUAUUAGUUGUACUUAGUGUCAUCGUAUUUGGUGGAACGACAUCUAGAAUGUUGGAAAUUCUCAACAUUCAAAUGGGUUCUAAUUCUCAAGGUUCUAUUGUUUCAGCAGAUUCUGGAAAUUUUAUUGGUGAUGGUGCCCCAUUAACUAAUGGCCGUUUAUCUACAAAAGAGAGUGACCGUACACAUUGGUUUAUUUCAUUUGAUGAUAGUUUCCUUAAACCAAUAUUUACUCGUACAAAUGGAAUAUUGCCACAAGAAAGAUGGCAGUACGAUACUACUCGAGGUGACGAAGAAGGACUUGUUGGUCUGAUGGAUUCUCCUAAAAUAGAAAGUUCCAACCACGAAAAUGAUGGAAAUUAUAUUUCUCCAAAUUCAAACAAAGAAAAAACCGAAUCAAGAAUUCCACAAGGAAUUUUUACAAUUGAUGAUGACGAUGAUGACAUAGAGAUGGAGGAUAGUUUUGGUUUAAAUGAUUUGUCCAAUUCUAAUAAAGAUAAUACACAACAAUGA